AUAUUGGCUAAAUUAUCCUUAGGGUUCACUUCCUUAGUGAGUCUUCCCCUUUCGCUUUAGGCGAGAGGUGCACCAAUGGAGAUCGUCGAGGGUUCGUGAAGAGUUCCAAAGAGACGAGGGCGUAGGAGCGAGCGGUGGGUUUGAACCCCUCGCCGCUUUCGAAGCCGCUUCCGGACGUCGAGCGUUUGGGAGUUCCCAAGAGAUGAGGGCGAAGAAAAAUUGACACAAAGGAGACAAUUAUAGCAAUGAGUCGCAUGAGGUUUUCAAGGGGAAUCAGCAUCACUAACAAGGCUGCUCAAUUGGUGGGUGUGAGAGGGUUCGCAAUAGCUAGUGGCAAGGGAAAGAAGGGCCCGAAAGGUGGCGCUAGUGAUGCGCCUAAAGCUUCACUUAUGAGCCAUGAAGUAAAGAGCACGACAGUCGUUGGAGCCAAUAUCCUCAAGGAUGGUACUGAUCCGAAGAUAAUGCCCGAUUCUGAGUACCCAGACUGGCUGUGGCGCUUGCUAGACAAACGCCCAACGCUGAGUGAACUGCGGCGGAAGGACUCGGAAUCUCUCCCAUUUGAAGACCUUAAACGCUUCGUGAAGCUGGAUAACCGUGCCCGAAUCGAGGGAAACAAUGCUGCCAGAGCUAAAAAUUGAAGUUUAUACUAGGAUGUUGCCAUUGUUGGCUGUUCUCUGCAGUGUAAUCCCGUUAUGUUUAGAAAUGUCGUUUGUUAAGCUUCACUCUGCGGUAUAAUCCAGUUUGUAGUGAUUUCUCAUGACAUUGUCAUGAUGCAACUAAAUUGUCUCACUGAUGCUGAGAGUUCAUGAGUUUUGGUGACAAUGCCCAAUAAUAUGUAUGUUUCUAUCGGAGACUUCUAAAGUAUUUCUUUGGUUUUUCUAA